GUCAGAAACAGUAAGCGCACGACUUCCCUGGGUGAUACGCUCACUUUCUCAAGAGCUGUGAUAUGUAUCUUCCUCUCCCCCGGUCUUUGCAAGUGUGCGUUUUUAAACCCAGAUGUUGCAUGCAGCCUCGAGCACAAGAAGACGCUUUAGGCUUCUGAAGAAAGUUGUGGCAUUGCUGAACACAAAGAAGAAUCAAGCAGCGUUUGAACACGUAUUUGGGAAGCUGUCGUGACCAGCACAGCACUUUUUAAAUCUAAAGAGUGGGACAUAAAGUUGGCUUUAAAUUUACACACUUCUGUUAGAAUGUUUUUAGCAAGCUUUAUGGAGCGUGGUUAGGAGAAGCCAGCAAACUGCCUUUAGGAGCUUCAUGCGCAAGUAGAGGCUCUUCUUCCACUGUCGUCUCUGAGCAUCAAAUGAAGGGCAAACCUCACUUAAUAAAAAAAAAAGCUAUCUGUGACACAUGGACAAUGAACCAAGCAGCCGAUGCCAGAACGAACAUGAACGCGCUACACAGCUUAGCCAGCAACAGACACAAUGAUGAAUAUGAUGAAGGAAGAAAACUCUGUAUGGGCAUUGAAAUCUGCUUCUCUGGACAGAUCAGUGAUUGCACAGCCCAUAUUUAUUUUCAAGAAGGAACGGCCUUACAAGCGGCCUGCAGAAGACCCUGUGUGCAAGACUGAAAAUGUUUCCACUGAUUGUUCCAGGAAGCGUGCAAGAUCUUCAUCUUUUUCUUUUCAAUCCUCAGACUCCCAACUGUAUAGAGAAAGUGUUCUCUCCCAAAAGCGAGCGAGAUCAUCUUCCUUUACCAUCCUUCCAACAUUUCCACCGUCCCAGCCAGUAAAGAAGAAUAACAUAUUCAUGACCUCUGCACUACUACAAAAGAACAUAGGUGUGAAAGACACAGAGAAGGGUUUUCCAUCAGUUAAUGUACAAUGGGAUGUUUUAAGGCCUGCCAUCUUACAACCUCCACAAACUCCUAGAUGUAGACUAGCAAUGAAGAUAGGUGCUGAAAAUGUUCUGGAGGAUAAACCUGAAGUAGUCACUGAGGUAUCUGAAGACACAUUUUCCUGGAUAAAUAGCUCAGAAAAAACAGCUCACUCUCUUCACAUUUCAGGCCCUAAAACAACAGGCAGCCAGUUACCUGAAGGCAAAAAAUUCUCAGACAGUACUCAUUCUGACUUCAUUUUUGGAGAAAACAUAGUAGAAAGAGUUUUGAGGCCUGAGAAUGCCUUAGAGGUGUAUUCUAAAGGAGAGUCACAUGACAAUGAAAAAGAAUCAACAUUUACCACAGGCGUUCAUACCAGUUCUCCUCGGAGAACACCUGUUUUUACCAAGGAUACAACACUAGUUGAAGCGGCAGCUGCUUAUGUAUCUAGCAAACCAACACAAAGAUACUUGUUUGAUAAAGUUGAAGUUACAACAGGAGAAGAAGCGGAACACAAUGUGUUGCAGAUCAAUUGCAGGCUUUUUUUAUUUAAUAAAGCCUCAUUGUCCUGGAUUGAAAGAGGCAGCGGCUCCCUGAGACUUAAUGAUAUGUCCAGCAAUCAGUGUGGAAUGUUGCAAUCAAGGUUGGUCAUGCGAAAUCAAGGAAGCAUGAGGCUCAUUCUUAACGCCAAACUCUGGACUGAGAUGGUCAUAAAAAGGGCAAACCGGAAGAGUCUGUGCAUCACAGCAACAGACCUGGAGGAUUGUACUGUCAAAGUGUUUCUAAUACAGGCAAGCUCAAAAGAUGCCGGGUCUCUGUAUGCAGCAAUUCACCACCGACUUGUCGCACUGAGAAACUGUGUGACGCAGGAAUGUGAUACAAACCAGGUGGAACCAGAGCCAGAUAGUCAGCCACUAAAUUGUGACAGUGAUGACGAAGAGAAUGAAAAAAUGACUCCAGUGAGAGACAACAAAUCGGAUCAUUCUCAAUGGAUCCGCAGACAGCCUGUGGUCUGUUCGUGACAAAUUCCUUACCUCCAAACCAAGUAACAAGAAUGGAACAGUGUUUUGUUAAAAUAUCCUAAGUGAUCUUAUGGCAUCAGUCCAUGAGGAAAUUGGGCGCAGCAUUUGUUCUAUGACCCUGGGACAAACGGUUCUUCCAGACAGAAGGCUCCUAACGCUACCUACCCAAAAGCAUUGUGAAGGUAUUCCAUCUUUUCUUCCCUAAUGGACUUUUUGUGGAAAGAAAUAAAACUGGAAGCAGCGCUGGGAAAACAUAGGAGGUUUACAAGUUGAAAACAACAUCUUCUAGAACUCCUGUAAAAUUCUGUGAAUGAGGCAUAGUGAUUGCAGAUAAAAACCUUUUUAGGAAGCAUCUAAAAACUUUUCAAGGAUGACUUAGGACACCUAUAUGUGAAAGAAGCACUUUAAAGGAUCCAGUCAUCACUGCUUUACUCAAAUGGGAAUUUGAGAAUGACUCCUGCUCUUUUAGAAACAUU